AUGAGAUGGAUUGCGAUUGUGGCUGUAUCAGUUUCGAUGUGCGCAACUUUGAUGGCGAUUGUAACCAUUCCGGUUCUCUACAGCUACGCUCAUACGCUACAGAAUCGCGUUCUGGACGAAACCACUUAUUGUCGGAUGAGUUCCCGAGAUAUGUGGCAUGAAAUGUUCGUGUUGCAAAAUCGAGAGCCAGUUCGGCAAAAGAGAGGUUGGCUGUUCGGUAAGUGGAUUCCGGAUGGUGGUGCUGGUGGAGGUGGAGCAAGCGGCUAUGGCGAUGAUGAGCCAUCAGGAUAUUCACCCGAUGCUAACAGCGCUGUUCUUGACGAUAGCAAACGUGCGUCUGACCACAGUGAGUGCUGUACAUGCCAACAAGGGCCUGUUGGAGCACCUGGAGAGCCAGGUGAUGAUGGUAAAGAUGGAAAAGACGGUGUAUCUGGCAAGGAUGGUGAGCCUGGUCGAAACGGUGCCAUACUGCAACUGGACGGUGUCAUAAACGAGCCGUGCAUCAUUUGCCCAGCUGGACCACCUGGUGUUCCAGGUCCGGCCGGAAACAAAGGUCCUCAAGGACCGCGUGGUGCCACCGGAUUUGCUGGACUCGACGGCAAGCGAGGUGAGCAAGGAAUGGUGGGACCACCAGGACCGAUGGGAGCACCAGGACCUGAAGGACCACAAGGAAGACGAGGGGAGGAUGGUAGAGUUACUGCAAUCGAUGGACCUGUAGGACGCCCUGGAAAGCCAGGUCCCCAGGGAUUGAAGGGCAUUCCAGGAUAUAAGGGACCACCCGGACAAAGUAUUCCAGGUCCGCAAGGACCAAUUGGAGAGCCUGGAGCACCGGGUCGUGAUGGGAAGAAGGGUCGCAGAGGGCCACAAGGUUCAACCGGGCCAAAAGGUUCCGAUGGAGAUUGUAAUCACUGUCCCGCGCCACGUACUCCACCUGGCUAUUGA